ACUCAGUCUGACUCAGUCUAACUCUAAUUGUUCAAGAUCAAACCUGUCCAGUUUGGGAAGCUAGCUCCUCCGUUUCUCUUCAGUCCUGUAAGUGGCCUGCUCAGAGCUCGUUAUAUUUUACUUUCUGUAUGUUUAACAUUGCCACUGCCUGCAGGACCAGAGAAAGGAAACAUUAACCCAGCUCCUGCAAUUAUUAGCAUUGUGUCUUAACGGAGUAGGAAACCAAGGGGCAGUGCAGCUUUGUGAUUGCAGCGUUGACUGGUGUACAUCGGAGAGCUGCCCCAGGAUUUCCUGCGGGUCACCCCCACGCAGCAGCAGCAGCAGAUCCAGCUUGACACACAGGCAGCCCAGCAGCUCCAGUACGGAGCCACCAUGGGAACAGUGGGCAGGCUGAGCAUCACCGUGGUGCAGGGCAAGCUGGCGAAGAACUAUGGGAUGACGCGGAUGGACCCGUACUGCCGAGUCCGUCUGGGCUACGCGGUGUACGAGACGCCCACGGCACACAACGGGGCCAAGAACCCGCGCUGGAACAAGGUUAUCCAGUGCACCGUGCCCCCGGGCGUGGACUCCUUCUACCUGGAGAUCUUCGACGAGAGAGCCUUCUCCAUGGACGACAGGAUCGCCUGGACGCACAUCCCCAUUCCGGAGUCGCUGAAGGAAGGGAAGGUGGUGGACGAGUGGUACAGUCUCAGCGGCCAACAGGGAGAUGACAAGGAGGGGAUGAUCAACCUCAUCAUGUCAUACACAUCUGUGUCAGCCAGCAUGAUGAUGCAGCCUCAGCCUGUGGUUCUGAUGCCCACCAUGUACCAGCAGGGAGUGGGAUACGUUCCUAUCGCAGGGGUGCCAACAAUCUACAACCCUGGGAUGGUUCCAGCAGGGGUUCCUGCUCCAGUGGCCAAUUCACAGCCCCUCUACAACGAAGAGGACCUCAAAUCUCUCCAGGACAUGUUCCCUAAUUUGGAUAAAGAAGUGAUUCGCUCUGUCAUGGAGGCUCAGCUGGGCAACAAGGACACUGCCAUUAACUCCUUGCUUCAGAUGACAGAAGAAUUAUAGAUCCAGGCUCUGUUUGUUUAUGAGCUCCUAAAUUUGUAUACAUACAUAUAUCUAUAUAUGAUGCACAUAUGUGUACAAGACUUUGUGUUCUCUGCAGUCCUGUGACGGUGAUGGGGGGGGGGGGGGGCUGCCAUUGUAUGAUAGAGUGGUUUUCUGCUGAUUGAUUAUUUUAUCGAUUUAUUAGCCAUAAUUAAAUGAUAUAUAUUUUUGUGUUUAAUCAAUGCAUUUUUUUUCAGUCGCUUUUAGCAUUCUGUGAAGUGUCCAGAUGUGAGCAUAUUCACUGAACUCUCUCCCCAGUCACCCCCAGAUUUAAUUGGGACUGGAUGGGCGUAGAAACAGUUUGAUUUGACAAGAGCACAGCAUGCAGCUAUUAUCAGCUGCUCUGCUUCUACCCUUCCUUCGUGUCAUUGUAUCAUUCGGGUUAGUGGAGAACACAAGCUGCACACGUAGAAAGACAGACAUACAUGCAUCCCUACAAGAGACUCUACAUCUUCUCUAUAUCAGCAGUAUUGCCGACUUCAGGGCUUUAGCUAGAACAUUGUAAAUUUGUGGCUCAAUGGAUUCAGGACAUCUUCUCAAUGAUUUGCCUCAAUGAAUUACCCAGCCUGCACUGUUGUUGUUGUUGUUGUCGUUGUCAAGCCAUUAUUGCUGCCUAUUAAGCCAUGGGGAAAACUGAGCUCCCUACAAACACGUCCAGUAAUACAUGCUAGACUGUAAGACAUUGUGUAUGCUGGAGUCAUUCCUGAUAUGACAUGAAGCUGCUGAAACUGAGAAUAGUUUGGCAUGUAAAACAGCUGGACUGGCUGCUUGCAAUAUUAAACAAGUCUGGCAUAAAGAAUAGAGGCUUUGAUGCCAGGCUUGCGUUUCCAGCUUCUACAGGAAACGGUUGGGGUCACCCCAGACCAAACUUAUUUGCCACUUUGUGUACUGUAAGAGCCAACACAUUAUUAUUGUUUUGUUUUGUUAUAAAAUUUGACAUAAACAGACAAACAUCUUUGGCGGUCUUUAGAGAACACAAAACUUUCAUUGAUUUUUUGGGGGACUGGGAGGAAUUCAGUGACAAAUGAGAUGUCUUCAGAUUCUGCACAUUCCUUUGUUCUGUUGACUCAAAGGCUAACAGUAUUUCAUAGUUUCAGAAAAUAGGAACACCUGUUGUCUUGUCUCUUUGGUGUACUAUAUAUAUAUAUAUAAGACUUCUUUCUUUAGGCAAGUCAAAUUGAAAUUUCUUUAAAAAAUAAAAAAAUUAAAAGUUCAGGGCUUUGCAAGAAAACCGAGGUAGUGCCUGUAGAUUGUGAUUGUAAUAAACAUGAAAGUCAGAGCUCACCAAAAUGUAGAUUCAUACAGCUGGUUUGUUUUUCAUCAUCUUGAGUAUAUAUUUUAGGAGUUCAGCUUGGACUUUAAAUGUGCAGGCAAACGCGUGUUCCAUAUUCCACGGCUUAUUUUUGAAGUGUAAACAUUUUAAAAAAUAAAUAAUGUUGCAGGUGAAAGGAAGUGCCAAGUCCUUGUUCCAGCAGUUCAUGUGGUUUCUACUUUCCUGACAUUUUACCUGAUUGUUACCUGAAACUGUUAUGCAAUAGGAAUCUUAUUUCUCUGAUUUUACAAAACUCUAAAAUCUCUGAUUUUACAAAACUAGAACAUAACAACAAAGUGAUAUCAUUCUACUUCUCGUCAGCACUCUCAAUGUGUUUUUGUUUCUCAUUUUGUAACAGUAACAUGAUUUUUCCUUUAUAAUCAAUAGUAGUUAAAUAAAGAAAUGCUUUGAAAAUAUA